UGCGGGUCCCGCUGGCUGCCCGAGGGAGCCUCCGCGCCCGGCCCUGCCCCAUGGCUUCCCCAGCGGCGGCGGGGCCCGGCGCCGCGCUGCCCCCCGGCACGGCGAGCCGCGACUUCUACUGGCUGCGCUCCUUCAUCGCCGGAGGCGUUGCAGGUUGUUGUGCCAAAACGACUACUGCACCACUGGAUCGAGUAAAGAUUUUGCUGCAGGCUCAUAACCACCAUUACAAACAUCUAGGAGUGUUUUCUACAUUGUGUGCUGUCCCCAAAAAGGAAGGUUACCUUGGGCUGUAUAAAGGAAACGGGGCAAUGAUGAUUAGAAUCUUCCCAUAUGGUGCAAUUCAGUUUAUGGCAUUUGACCAGUAUAAAAAGGUAAUAAAGAAGCAACUUGGAAUUUCAGGGCAUGUGCAUCGAUUAAUGGCUGGAUCCAUGGCAGGUAUUACAGCAGUGAUUUGUACUUACCCUCUUGAUAUGGUUAGAGUUCGUCUGGCCUUCCAAGUAAAAGGGGAACACAAGUACAUGGGAAUUAUCCAUGCAUUCAAGAUGAUUUACACAAAGGAAGGUGGUUUUAGUGGGUUCUACAGAGGGCUGAUGCCAACUGUUGUAGGAAUGGCACCAUAUGCAGGUUUUUCAUUUUUUACCUUUGGUACCUUAAAGAGCAUUGGACUUGCUCAAGCACCUAACUUGCUUGGACGGCCUUCAUUAGAUAAUCCUGAUGUCUUAGUUUUGAAAACACAUGUAAAUCUGCUGUGUGGUGGCAUAGCUGGAGCAAUAGCUCAGACGAUAUCAUAUCCCCUUGAUGUAACUCGUAGGCGAAUGCAGUUAGGAGCAGUUCUCCCAGACUCUGAAAAGUGCCUUACAAUGGUGCAGACACUGAAGUAUGUGUAUCAACAACAUGGAAUACGAAGAGGAUUGUACCGUGGUUUAUCUCUGAAUUAUAUUCGUUGUAUUCCUUCCCAGGCUGUGGCUUUUACCACAUAUGAACUUAUGAAACAAUUCUUGCACCUCAACUAAUUUUUUGAAAGACUUUCCAGUAAAAAAACUACACUACCAGUCCUCAAAUUAUAUUGGUGAGUGAAUUACUUGAAGUUAAAAAAAAAACUAUCUGCUUCUGUGGAACUGCUCUUGUCUGAUGUUUUUAUUUGCCAAAAAGGGGUUAAUUUCCUGGAGUCAACCCAGGAGACAGAUCAAAAUAAACGUUAGCUGGGAACACUUCUUUGCACUUGAUCUUGUAGGCUUCAUUAAUGUUAAGAACUGCACAGUUUGAGAAUCACACCCACGUUUUGUAUGGGCUUCAAGCUGUUAGUUGUUUAGCUUUAUCACCAUUUCAGCAGUUACACACAUGGUUCCAUUGCUUUUUCAGGUAGUAGCUGGACAUCUGUUCUACUUUAAAUGGAAUAAACUGACUUGAACAAAAUGCAAUGAUUUUCACAUUCAGAUACUUGCCAGCUCUGUAGAAGCCGAACUCAGCAGAGCCUAACUUAAGCAUCUUUCACUUUUUUUUGUACAAAUUUUCUGUGUGCAAGAACAAUGCCUCGAUCUCCAGAUGGGUACAUGUGAAAGUCUCUUCAACCGUAUCAAUAAAAAAAUUACAAGAUGUAUGUAACAUUAUUUGAAAUCUUGUAGUAUGGAAACCAGUUUCUUGUCAUACAUUCUAUUCUAAGAAAUGCUGCUGCAUUUACUUAUUUAGGUAUAUGGACCAUGGUCAACCUCUGGAGCAAGAAAAAUGAAAUGAAGGUUGUGUUGGAGUCUGAUGUGUAUGUACUGUUUCUAAAAUAUGGGAUGAAACAGACUCACAUUUUCCUCCUACAAUUCCUUUUGCUGAGAGAAUUCUUUUCCAGCCUUGUUUAUAUAUGAUUUGCAUUGGUACUCUUGAUUUUACUCACUUGAUUCAGAAAACUGUGUAAAGCCUUUAAGCGAUAUAAGUUAUUUAUUUAUUGUAAAUAUUUUAUCUUUUAAGAACUGUUAAUGGUUAUGUGAAGUGGUGGAUGGCAAGAAUGGUUAAUUUUGACAAAUUUGACAAGCUGGAUUCUGAAUUAUAUAUUCAACACCAACUUUUGUGGCUCAAUUUUUUUUCUAGGUUCUUAAAAUUAUGUAUUUCUUUGAUAUUUAACAAUGUAGUUACGGACAGAAAAUGAGAUGUAUUUGAAUUUAUUUUAUUAAAAUUUUUGAACUAA